CACACACACGGACGCACGCACGCACACACACACACGCACACACAGCCGCAGGUGCCGUGAGGAAUGUAGUAGAGGCAGGUGCGCGCGGACUGAAGAACGGAACCGGAGCAGAGAAGAAAUAAGCAGAGUGGAGAGCCGCGGCGAUGGCCGGUGGCCGGCGGGGGCUCGUGGCCCCUCAAAACACUUUUCUGGAGAAUAUAGUGAGGAGAUCAAAUGUUUGGACAUUAACACAUAGACAGACAGAUACGAACUUUGUGCUGGGAAAUGCUCAGAUCGUGGACUGGCCCAUCGUCUACAGUAAUGAUGGGUUCUGUAAGCUCUCAGGAUAUCAUCGUGCUGAGGUCAUGCAGAAGAGCAGUACCUGCAGUUUUAUGUACGGUGAGCUCACAGACAGAGAAACCAUGGAGAAGGUCCGACUGACAUUCGAGAACUACGAGAUGAACUCAUUCGAGAUCCUAAUGUACAAAAAGAAUAGAACACCAGUGUGGUUCUUUGUGAAAAUUGCUCCCAUACGGAAUGAACAGGAGAAGGUGGUACUUUUCCUUUGCACAUUUAAUGACAUCACAGCCUUUAAACAGCCAAUUGAAGAUGAGUCCUGUAAAGGUUGGGGUAAAUUUGCACGUCUGACCAGAGCUCUGACCAGCAGUCGAGGUGUCCUGCAGCAGCUCCAGCCCACUGUCCACAAAGGAGAAAAUGUGCAUAAACAUUCCCGUCUGACCGAGGUAUUGCAGCUCGGCUCAGAAAUCCUGCCUCAGUAUAAACAGGAGACUCCAAAGACGCCACCGCACAUCAUCCUACACUACUGCGCCUUCAAGACCACAUGGGACUGGGUCAUCCUCAUCCUCACCUUCUACACAGCCAUCAUGGUUCCCUACAAUGUCUCAUUCAAGACUAAGCAGAAUAACGUGGCAUGGUUGGUGGUGGACAGUGUAGUGGAUGUCAUCUUCCUGGUAGACAUAGUCCUCAACUUCCACACUACAUUUGUGGGGCCAGCUGGUGAGGUCAUCUCUGACCCCAAGCUGAUUCGCAUGAACUACCUGAAGACAUGGUUCGUCAUUGACCUGCUGUCCUGCCUCCCAUAUGACGUCAUCAAUGCCUUUGAAAAUGUUGAUGAGGAACAAAUGAAGAACUGGGACCAUCACGAUGUCACUCAAGGUAUCAGCAGUUUGUUCAGUUCAUUGAAGGUGGUCCGUCUGCUGCGUCUGGGCCGAGUUGCACGUAAACUGGAUCAUUAUAUUGAAUAUGGUGCUGCUGUGCUGGUACUGUUGGUGUGUGUGUUUGGUCUCGCUGCACACUGGCUCGCAUGCAUCUGGUACAGUAUCGGAGACUAUGAGGUCAUCAAUGAGGAGACAAACGUGGCACGUAAGGACAGCUGGCUGUACAUGCUGGGCGAGACGGCAGGCACACCGUACCGCUUUAAUGCCACGGGCACGGGUAGAUGGGAGGGUGGCCCCAGCAAGGACUCCGUCUACAUUACUUCACUAUACUUCACCAUGACCAGUCUCACCAGCAUUGGCUUUGGCAACAUUGCACCCACCACCGAUGGAGAGAAGAUCUUCGCAGUGGCGAUGAUGAUGAUUGGAUCUCUCCUCUAUGCCACCAUAUUUGGUAACGUGACCACGAUCUUCCAGCAGAUGUACGCUAACACUAACCGUUAUCAUGAGAUGCUGAACAGCGUGCGAGAUUUCCUUAAACUCUACCAGGUCCCUAAAGGCCUGAGUGAGAGAGUGAUGGACUACAUCGCGUCCACCUGGUCCAUGUCCAGGGGCAUUGACACCGACAAGGUCCUGCAGAUCUGUCCUAAAGACAUGCGAGCUGAUAUCUGUGUGCACCUGAACAGGAAAGUGUUUAAGGAACAUCCUGCUUUCCGACUGGCCAGUGACGGCUGUCUGCGUGCGCUGGCCAUGGAGUUCCAGACCGUCCACUGUGCGCCGGGGGACCUGAUUUACCACGCAGGGGAGAGCGUCGACACACUGUGCUUCGUCGUCUCUGGGUCACUCGAGGUCAUCCAGGAUGAUGAGGUUGUCGCCAUACUGGGAAAAGGUGAUGUGUUUGGAGAUGUGUUCUGGAAGGAAGCGUCGUUAGCGCAGUCAUGUGCUAAUGUUCGAGCGCUAACAUACUGUGACCUGCAUGUGAUUAAACGUGACGCUCUUCAGAAAGUUCUGGAGUUUUACACACCGUUCUCCAACCACUUCUCACGCAACCUGCUGCUGACCUACAACCUCCGCAAACGAAUUGUGUUCAGGAAGAUCAGUGAUGUGAAGCGUGAGGAAGAGGAGCGGCUAAAGAGGAAGAAUGAGGCGCCUCUUGACCUACCUCCUGACCAUCCAGUGCGACGUUUGUUCCAGAGAUUCCGACAGCAGAAAGAGGCCCGAAUGGCUGCGGAACGGACCGUCCGUGAUGAGCUGGAUGUUGAGAAGGGCCAGGCCCACAGUGACAUCAUCAUGCCUGACCCUGUGGCCACCACCAGCAUUGUAACGGUCACCAAGAGCCCGGCCACACCCACUCCAUCAAAUUCAAGGCCUGGUCAUGAGCGGAAUGCCGCGGAUCGGGAAAAACUGCAAGCACCUAAUGCUCUUGGAAUUUUCCGGGCAUCUGAGUGCCGUGGUACUCGGGGUUGGGCACGCUUCAGGGAGAUCAGGGCUAAACCAGAAGGCUGGGCCAAUGUAGCUAAAGCCGAAUCGAUGGAAACUCUUCCUGAACGCGGCUGCAAAUCAGCUGAACCCGGGAAUCUGAAAAAGACAGACUCUUGUGACAGCGGCUUUACCAAAAGUGACCUCAGGCUGGAUGAAGGGGGCAGAACUAAAACGCCUACAGACCGUAGUCCGGUCAGUCAACUGGACAAAAAGCCGCCGCCCAUCGUCCCGCCCAUCCCUGAAUAUACACUUCACAGUGCAUUGCUUGAUCUGCGUGCUGAGCUCAGGGCCGAGCUAACGUCGCUCGGGAACCGCAUUAGCACACUGGAGUCACAGUUAGCUGAAGUGCUGCAGCUGCUCCGGGCCAGAAAUGCUUCAACAACACACACUCCUCCGUUAUUCCACAUUUCACGUCCAGCAUCACACGACUCGGACACAGAGGACAUCUUCUGCUAACCGAA